AUGGCAAUCCUGGCCGUUCACACAAAGCCUAAAGUUCUCAUACCAGAGAAAGUAUCAGCUGACGGCCUAGCACUGUUGCAAGAUCAGUUCGAGGUACAUGAGAAGAAGGGCUUGAGUCCUGAUGAGCUAAAGAAUAUCAUUGGCGGCUAUGAAGCUCUCAUUGUCCGUUCUGAGACUCAAGUGACAGCCGAUCUUCUCAAUGCAGCCAAAAACCUCAAGGUUGUUGCUCGUGCCGGUGUCGGUGUGGACAAUGUCGAUGUCCAGAGCGCCACAACCCAUGGCAUCAUUGUCGUGAACUCCCCAUCCGGCAAUAUCAAUGCCGCAGCCGAGCAUACCAUCGCGCUACUCAUGGCUGUGGCUCGCAACAUUGGUGAUGCAUCGCAGAGUAUCAAGAAGGGCAAAUGGGAACGCAGUCGCUUGACCGGUGUCGAAGCAAAGGGCAAGACGCUCGCUAUCGUCGGCUUGGGCAAAGUCGGUCUGACUGUAGCUCGAAUCGCCAACGGUCUCGGCAUGCGACUGAUAGCCUACGAUCCAUACGUAAACCCAAAUCUGGCAGCAGCGGCUUCAGUUACCUUAAGAUCCAGCUUGGCUGAGCUGCUUCAAGAAGCUGAUUUCCUGACAUUGCAUACUCCGCUCAUUGCCUCUACUAAGGGCAUGAUCGGCAAAGCUGAACUAGCUACAAUGAAGCCUACAGCUCGCAUCUUGAACGUUGCUCGGGGCGGCAUGAUCGAUGAAGACGCCCUCGUAGAAGCGUUGGACGGCGGGAUCAUUGCAGGCGCAGGCAUCGACGUCUUCACCUCGGAGCCACCCAAACCUGACUCGUCAGCAAGCAAACUGAUUGCGCACCCAAAGGUUGUUGCGACCCCCCACCUCGGCGCCUCAACCAAGGAAGCCCAGGAAAAUGUCUCGAUUGAUGUUUGCGAACAAGUCGUACUCAUUCUCAGCGGUGAACUACCCCGCUCAGCCGUCAAUGCACCGUUGAUCAUGCCAGACGAAUACCGCACGCUGCAACCUUUCGUCAGCCUAGUCGAGAAGAUGGGCUCUUUGUACACCCAGCACUAUUCUUCCACUAACAUUAAAUCUUUCCGUACGACCUUCGACCUAACAUACGAAGGCAAACUCGCAAGCCUUAACACGACCAAGCCCCUCUUUGCCGCGCUGGUCAAAGGUCUCCUUACCCCAAUCACCAGCAGUGAUGGUCUGAACAUCAACAUCGUGAAUGCCGAGCACCUCGCCAAAGAGAGAGGUAUCCUUAUCAACGAGCAGCGCAGCAGAGAAAAUGUAGACGAUAAACCAUACUCGUCGUUCAUCACCCUACGUGCCCGUGCAAGUCGGUCCACAUCCGCUGCAAGAUCCGGAAGUCGCGCUACGAGUCCAUCAGCGAGCCGCACUCUGAAUCUCACGAGGGUGGACACCCAUCAGUCCACUUCCCAGCCUUUACUGGAGCAGGACCAAGUCAUCCAGGGAUUUGUGAGCGGUAAUAAACCGUUCAUCUCGCGCUUGGAUAGGUUUAAAGGCGAGUUUGUGCCCAGAGGCACGCUGCUGAUAUGUCGCAAUUUCGAUAGUUGCGGGAAGAUUGGGUUUGUGGGAAACUUGCUGGGGAAGGCGGGGGUGAAUAUCAACUUCAUGAACGUCGCACCGCUAGAUGAUGAGUUUGACGAGGAAGGCGUAGAAGGGGCUGAGGGCGGGAAGAAGAGUAAUGAGGCGCUUAUGAUUCUGGGUGUUGAUAGGCCGGUGGGCGAGGAUGUUGCGAGGGCGCUAAUUGGGCCUGAAGGAGUGCUUGAAGCAAGUGUUGUUACUCUUUGA